AUGGACCAUGUCAAGGCAAUAAUAUCGUGGUCCAAUAUCCCUGUCCUACUGGGCCUGUGGAUCAUAUACUAUGCGGCCGUUGCUAUAUACAAUAUAUCACCGCUACAUCCUCUCUACCGAUUCCCCGGUCCUAAAGUUGCUGCGAUGAGCUAUUUAUACGAGGCCUAUUUCGACUGGUGGCUGGUGGGAAGGUAUGGCAGAAGAAUCCGUCUGAUGCAUGAGAAGUAUGGGCCAAUCGUCAGAAUAAACCCCGACGAGCUUCACUGCAAUGAUCCGUAUUUCUCAGACGAUAUCUACGCCGGUGGAAAUCGCAUCAGAGAUAAGUGGCAGCAUCAACUCAAUACUGGUGCAGCUGGCCCCGUGUCGGUUACUGGCUUUUCCACUGUUCCGCAUGAGUUGCACCGAAUCCGAAAAGCGCCAUUUGCAAGGUUUUUCUCGCGGCAGCAAGUGUUAAAGCUCGAAGGAGAAGUUCAUGACUUUACGCAGCGCACUGUAGAUAAGAUGCUGCGCUUCGCUAAUAAGGGACCAUUUGAUGUUAAGGAAGCAUAUAACUGCUUCACAGCCGAUAUCAUAUCUCAGUACGCCUUCGGCGAGCCUAUGGGCUUUGUCGAUCAAGAUGGUUGGGAACCCAACUUCGCGACGUGGGUCAAGUACUUCUUCAAAAGCGCAUAUUUGAUAAGAUACAAUACUCCUAUUAGGAUGCUCGCUAGGUUUUCUCCCCUAGUAGGGAAUUUCAUGGGUGAGAAUGUUAGGAAGAUGUUGGAGUGGAUGAAUGUGGUCAUCCCUAAAUAUGUCAAGGCGGCUAUCGACAAUCCUGAAAAUGGUAGGGUGUUUGCAGACCUGAUCGAAUCGGAUAUACUGCCGGAGCACGAAAAGAGCAUGUAUCGUCUGUCUGGGGAAGGGUUCAAUUUAUUAACUGCUGGAACGGAGACUACAGCGGCAACACUCACGUAUAUCACGUAUUACCUCCUCGCACAACCUGAGCUUUAUGCCCGCUUGAUGGGAGCCUUGCAGGAUAUCGACCCUUUCAAUCUCAAGUGGAUCGACUUGGAGCAACGCCCGUACCUAUGGGCCGUGGUUCACGAGGCGUUGCGUCUGACACCUGGCGUUUCGCACAGAUCGGCUAGAAUCGCGCGGACCGAAGAUUUAGUCUACAAUAGCAAAGACGGCAACAUACGAUGGGUUAUUCCCAAGGGUACGCCUAUCAGUAUGACUUCGGUUAUCAACCAUAGCAACGAAGAACUAUUCCCGAAUCCCGACGAGUUCAUCCCCGAACGCUGGCUCGUGGACGGGCAACCGAACUAUGCUUUGGAGAAGAUGUUGAUUUCCUUUGGAAAAGGCACCCGGUUAUGUCUCGGCAUUUAUUUAGCAUAUUGCGAGCUGUUCCUCAUGACGGCUGCUUUGGCGUUUCGUGUCUUGCCUAGGGCACAGCUACACGAAACCACUAUCGAGGAUAUAAGAUACGACCAUGAUCUCAUAGUACUCCAAACAGUUAAAGGUUCCGUUGCGGUACGCAUUGUGAUAUCUUAA